AUGCCCAACGCACAAUCGGAUCGAGAUGCUUUAGAGGCAGUCUAUGAACUGACCCAAGGAGCUACUGCACAACGUAAUUGGCGUAAGUUGCUGACUUUGGGCGACACUUUCGAUGUGCAGCUUAAACGUAAACUACUCUGGAUUUGGCCAACUGCCAAGAACUUGAUGCAAUUCCAACUUAAACUCAACGAACUGCGCAUCCAGCAUGUGCUGAGCAUUGGCUGUGGCAACGGACUCCUCGAGUGGCUGUUGACAGCGGUGGGAGCUGAGGAUUCUUUGCGUGUCUAUGGUCUGGAACGAGAUGCCAACUGGUGGCGCAGCAAAUAUGCUAUACGCAGCUUAAUUCCACUCAACUACAUCGAAUCAUCUGAGUACAAUUGUCAAUUAUCUGGUGACUUUUUGAGGCAAUGCUGCUGUGGAUUACCACCACAAGCUUUGCUCUUCUGUUACUUUAAUGAUCGUGUGGCAUUUCUUGAAUAUCUGUCGGCAUUUGCCGGCAGUUGGCUUAUUAUAAUUGGUCCACAACCGUCACUUGGAGUACACACGGAUCCCAAUCCGCUGCAGCCGGAGUUGCCCGAUUGCAAUCGCUGGGCGUUGCAUAGCUUAAUCAAUUGGACUGAACACAAUGUAGUUGCAUUGUACAAAAAAUUACCAUAA